CCGGUGUUCCCUGGGAUCCACGCAAGCGAAGAGCGUCUACAUUCCGAUUGGCUGUCAGUGUUUUGCCGCUGAAACGCGUCAUAGUAAUUUGCAUAAAGUUCAACAGUUUUCAACUUUUUUUGGACGCUCUGGUCGCUCAACUUUGGCCGCUGGUAGCGUUGGUCGCUCUGGUCGCUCUUGCCCAUAGAAAGUGAAUGACUUCCGGCGAUUUGGUAGCUCAAUUCGCUUCUGGUGUGGACGUACAGUAAGCAAGUUCAAAGAUGUGACCAAAUAAUGCAAUACGUCAUCUCUCCAGAGGGCAGCAAAAACUAAUUAUAAAGUAAGCAUUUUUUCAACUGUUUAGCCGCUAAUGUGUCAAUGAGCCGCCAAAAUGUACACGUUGACACGCACACUCACAUGUAGGCUACUGUUGUCGCAAAACCUGUAACCUAUUUCUAGCAAGCAAUGCAAAGAGAUUUGUUUUCCUUUACAACAUAUCAGAUUUCACCACCGCUCCAACGGUCACUACAAAGCACAACAAUGUUUACUCUAAUUAAAUUAUCUUUCACAAUAAAAAAUAUAUUAAACAAUUGUCUUUCAUUUCUAUUGUAAUACUUUUAACAUGAUUACUUCCAAUAGUGAAGUACUAUGAAUGGCCUACUGAUUUGAAGUAUGCUCAAGAAUAAACUUACCUUGCUUUGAGUUUUGGUUAUUUGCGUCUUUCAUUUAAAUGAUAUGAAUAUGAAGGGAUGCACACCUGUUGCCCAUAGUGUAAUCAGUGCACAGGUGAAACAAGCCAACCAGCCACACACACACACUUGGUGUGAGAGCUGCUGCAUGGAGCACCAGCGCCAUGGUUAAUUCAUCUUCACAAUAAAGCUGAUUCAAUACCACCACCCUGCGUCUUUGUGUUUGUAAGGAUCCCAGUAAAGUCACCUAGGUGGCGUGCCGCAAUGGACCGUGGUCCACUAUUAUUCAGCAGAAUACAUGACAGGCGUUUAAUUUUGAAACGCUCUAUGUAGCCUAGGUAUUCUCGGUGUAUUGCUUUAAUACCUAAACCUUUAUUAAUUAGUGGUUUGGUAGUCUUUCUUUCCCUACAAAUUCUUUCAGUGAGACAACUGUCAAGUAAAAAGGAAUAAGAAAAGGGUCUUUAUGAAAUAAGGUCUCGGAUUGCAUGCUUUGGACAUUUUAGGGGUGUAAGCCUAGGUCUACUUUCCACAGGCCUACGUUUCUCGUUUAUUGUCCUCUGUGUAAAGUGCUUCAUGCCAAAUAGGACAGCCUUUAUAUUAAUGGGGUUCAGACUCUGCUGCUUAUUUUAGUCCCUGUAGAUCCCCGUUGUUUUGGCCUUCAUAAUCCGGAGGAUUAUUUAAUAUUGUACUUUCUAAUGCUUUUGACACAUUUUAUGAUUUUUAACACGGAAAACCAAGAUCCAACGUUGGACAUGGAGCCCACAGAAAACACUGCUCUCACAGAACACGAUGGACCAACAAGGAGCAUGUCGCGGACACAGAUCUUCACAUUAAUAUCCGUGGCUUCUGUCAACUUUGGCUCAAUGAUCUGCUAUUCAAUACUUGGCCCGUUCUUCCCCAACGAGGCGGUCAAUAAGGGAGCCAGCCAGACGGCCAUCGGGCUCAUAUUCAGCUGUUAUGCGUUCAGCAACAUCAUUGGUGCGCUGCUAAUGGGGACAUAUAUUGUCCAGAUUGGUGCAAAAUUCAUGCUUGUGUCAGGCCUGUUUGUGUCAGGAGGAUGCACUAUCAUGUUUGGAUUCCUUGACAGAGCUCCCUCGGGGUCCGUGUUCAUCGCUCUCUGCUUCAUUGUGCGGAGCAUCGACGCCAUUGGCUUCGCUGCUGCCGCAACCUCUUCCAUCGCAUUGGCAUCUAAAGUCUUUCCAAACAAUGUAGCGACUGUCUUGGGUAGUUUGGAGAUGUUCACCGGACUGGGUCUCAUUCUGGGGCCACCUUUAGGAGGCUGGCUGUACCAGGCUUACGGAUACGAGCUUCCCUUCCUCGUUCUGGGCUGUAUCCUACUGCUGAUGGUUCCAUUCAACAUCAUCGUCAUGCCCAGCUGCGCUGCGGAGCCCUCGGAGAAUUCCUUUUUGCAAUUGCUGAAAGUCCCCAAAGUAUUGCUCAUCUGCUUCUUCAUGUUCAGCUUAAGCUCAGGCCUGGGCUUCCUGGACACUACCUUGUCCCUGUACGCGAUUGAGAAGUUCGGUCUUAGCCCGGGUUAUGUGGGCCUCCUCUUCCUGGGGGUCUCCUUACCUUACGGUCUGAGCUCGCCAGUUUUCGGUUUCUUUGCUGAUAAAUAUCCUACCUCAAGACGUUGGUUCUUGAUUCUCGGUGGCCUUCUCUCAGGGCUCUGUUUCUGUUUUCUUGGUCCAGCGCCAUUUCUCCACAUUACCAGCCAGCUGUGGUUGCUGAUCUUCAUGCUGUGCGUGAUCGGCUUUGGUUUGGGCCUUAGUCUCAUGCCUAGCUUACCAGAGAUCAUUGCCGCGGCACAUGAACAGGGCUUUGAAGAUGGACUUAGCACUCUGGGAAUGGUGUCUGGACUGUUUGGGGCCUGUUGGUCCAUGGGGAUGUUUUAUGGACCCAUGAUGGGUGGCGUUCUCACUCAACAUCUAACCUUUGAGUGGGCUGCAACUAUCCAAGGAGGGCUUUCAGUUCUGGCUGCCACACUACUUGGAUUGUAUUAUCAAUAUGAACAGUUAAAGAAGCGCAGUAUUGCAAAGGAAACUGGAAAUAAUUUUGUAGGAGAAGGAGGGAAUCUUUUGGCCUAAGCAAUCGGUCCUUACAAACAGCUAAAGAAGACGCUUCCUGAGGUAUAUGGUCCAGAGAUGGCUAUGAUUGGCAUAAAUCUGUAAGCUGCAUUAAAUACUUUUUUAUUUUUUAUUUAGUUGGGAAGUGUGUUGCACAGGUAACUGGAAACGAUUGUCCUGGGGAAACUGCGGAAGAAGCCACUGUGAUUAGGUGUUAGAUGACACUGUGAUGUGGGGUUAGAAGCCUGGAUACAUAGACCAGAUCUUAUGAUUCAAACCUACAGUGAUUUCCACAACGUACUAGCCCACCAGAACCCCCUGCCCACUAAGCUUCAGAGAGUGGUGGUGGUUUACCAGACAGUUUGAUCCUUCAUGUAUGAGCCGGGCUUAGCAAAAUUAUAAAAAAAAUGACCCUUGUGAUUGUAUUCCAGUUCCAACCUACUUCUGUUUGUAAAUUGGAAAUUAAAACUCAAAUGAAAGAAGUU